AUUCCCACCAACAUCAACUUGUGAUUUUCUUUUCAGGGCAGAACAUGUGAAAAAAAGUGCUAUCUGAGAGUCCACCUCUGAUGGCCAUCGUACCCUAACGCUGAUCAUACAGUGUCCAUGAGCCAUAGAAAUCCCCUCUAACAGGCCCCUUCCUAGACCUUCCAGAGAAUGCUAGUAGAUGAGGCCUAAUUCUUUCCCAUUUCAUCUGCAGACCCUUCCUGACUCUGGUCCCAGGACACUUAGAGGAGGGAGAAUUCAGCCCUGUACUCUGCAGGAAUCCUCUCUCCAUUGCCAGCUUGUCAAUUUGGGAUUGUGAAGCCAUGACAAUCCUGUAUAAUAGCAGCCUCCAAAAAGCCACCUUCUUCCUGACGGGCUUCCGAGGUCUGGAAGGUCUCCAUGGAUGGAUCUCUCUUCCCUUCUGCUCCAUCUAUCUGGCAGUUAUCGUAGGAAACCUCACCGUCCUCCACGUCAUCCGUACCGAUGUCACCCUCCACGAACCCAUGUACUAUUUCUUGGCCAUGCUGGCCCUCACUGACCUGGGCCUUUGCCUUUCUACACUACCCACUGUGAUGGGCAUCUUCUGGUUUGGUGCCAGAGAAAUCGGUAUCCCUGCCUGCUUCACUCAGCUCUUCUUCAUCCACACCUUGUCCCUCGUGGAGUCUUCAGUUCUCUUGUCCAUGUCCGUUGACCGCUAUGUGGCCAUCUGCCACCCACUGCGUUACUCCACAGUCUUGACACCUGCGCGUAUUGUCAGGAUGGGACUGAGCUCGGUGCUUAGAAGUGCAUUGCUCAUCCUCCCCCUGCCGUUUCUCCUUAAGCGCUUCCAGUACUGCCGCUCCCAUGUGUUGGCCCAUGCCUACUGUCUGCACCUGGAGAUCAUGAAGCUGGCCUGCUCUAGCAUCACUGUCAAUCACAUCUACGGGCUCUUUGUUGUGGCCUGCACUGUAGGUGUGGACUCCCUGCUCAUCUUCCUCUCCUACGCCCUCAUUCUCCGCACAGUCCUGGGCAUUGCCUCCCGCCAGGAGCGCCUCCGCGCCCUCAGCACCUGUGUCUCCCACAUCUGCGCGGUGCUUCUCUUCUACAUGCCCAUGAUUGGCUUGUCGCUUGUGCACCGCUUCGGUGAACACCUGCCCCGCCUUGUGCACCUCCUCAUGUCCUAUGUGUAUCUGCUGGUCACCCCGCUCAUGAACCCCAUUGUUUACAGCAUCAAGACCAAGCAGAUCCGCCAACGCAUCGCUAAGAAAUUUCAGUUUAUAAAAUCGCUCAAGUGUUUUCAGCAAGAUUAGGUGGGGUAAAGGGAGGACGUUUGGGGCAGAAAGCCUGUCCAUAGUUUUGGUUUUGGUUGUUGUGAGAAAAUAACAAACUCCCAUUUAUCAACAAAAAGGGAAUUAACUAUGGAAACAUAUUGACUAUGUGAUCUUGGGAAAAUUCCUCCACCUCUCUGUCCUUUAGUCUCCUCAACUGCUGAAUGAAAGUGGAAAUAAUUAUAAUACCUUCUUCUUGGGGAUAUUGGGAAGAUUAAACGAGAGGAUUCAUGUAAAUCUCUAACACAGUGCCUGACACCUAUCAAUUCUUAGCAAA